AGUCUCAAUGUCCGCGAUGCAGUACGUGAUUGUUUAGAGAAAGAUCCCUCAGAGCGUACCGAAGAAGAUGUUGAAAUACUAUUGGAAUUUACACAAGGUCUUAAGGCCUUUACAAAUAUCACACUGGCCGUACGGCGAGCUCUAUGCUCGGUUAUGGUAUUUGCCGUCGUCGAUAAGGCGGGCACUGUCGUUAUGUCCGAUGGUGAAGAGCUUGAUUCUUGGUCUGUGCUAAUCAAUGGUGUCGUCGAAAUCGAACAUGCCAAUGGUGAACGUGAAGAGUUACAAGUGGGUGACUCAUUUGGUAUUCUACCCACAAUGGAUAAAUUGUAUCAUAAGGGUGUUAUGCGUACGAAAUGUGAUGAUUGUCAAUUUGUGUGUAUAACACAAACGGAUUAUUAUCGUAUACAACAUCAGGGUGAGGAGAAUAUUAGACGUCAUGAAGAUGAGGAGGGUCGAGUGGUUAUGGUUACUGAGUUAAGACAAAUAGGUACAAAUGAUGCUCCCGGAACGGCGUCAAAUAAUUCAGCUACGGCUGGCACUAAUGCCAAACGGGGUCAUGUUGUAAUUAGAGGUUCACCGGAACGUUUGUUGCAGCAAUUGGUAGAGGAAAAUUCCAUGACAGAUCCCUUUUAUGUGGAAGAUUUCCUAUUGACUCAUAGAAUUUUUAUAAAAAAUUCCCAAGAGGUUACAGACAAACUGCUAUCAUGGUUUGAGGCCGAUGCUAAUGGCGCUGAAACGGUGCCCAAAUUUGCCAGUCAUGCUACGGCUCAAGAAAUCAGAGAUCGUGUUACCCGUGUGGUAUUAUUAUGGGUAAAUAAUCAUUUUACCGAUUUUGAGGCUGAUCAUGAAAUGAUGGAAUUUUUGGAAAUAUUUGAGGCUGGUCUAGAACGCAAGAAAUUGUUGAGUCAACUGCGAUUACUGCACAUAGCCUGUGCUGCUAAGGCACGAAUGAGAUCUUGCAUUUUGGCACGUAGCUCUAGAGAUGAGUCGUUAAAUUUCAAAAUUAUAGGAGGCUAUGAAAUGAGAGGGGCCUGUGUGGCUACAGGCGGUUGUGGCAUUUAUAUAUCACAUGUAGAAAGAGCCUCUAAGGCUCAAGAAGCAGGCUUAAAGCGCGGCGACCAAAUACACGAAGUUAAUGGCCAAAGUUUUGAACAUGUUACCAGCAAACGGGCUUUGGAAAUACUAAUGGGUAGCACCCACUUAAGUAUCACUGUAAAAAGCAAUCUUUUAGGUUUCAAAGAAAUGAUGCAGGCUGUUGAGUUAACCGCCAAUGGUGGCAUAAAUUCUGCCAAUGGCAAUGUGGCGGGCUUGGGUUCUAAAUCCUUAAGAAGUCCUAGACGCAUUUGUGCCAACGAUGUGGCUAAACUGCAUGGCAGAGCAGACUCGACUACAGAUGAACUAACGGCGGCAGCCACUAAUCGUGCUCAUAUUGUAAGAUUAAGUUCGGUGGAUAUGCUGUUACACUCUUCACCAGGAGAAGAUCAAACCGAUAGAGGUGUACAAAGCCCGGGUACACCCAUACAGACGCCGUCUUCCGGCAAUAUGGCUUCAAAUUUUAUGAAUAAUCUUUUACAAAGUGUUAAUGCUUCCGGCAAAAAGGAUUCAAAUGGUUUGCAGGGCGACUCCAAGGGAGGAGGUUUUAUGACUUUGGCUCCCAAGAGAAGGCUGAAAAUAGCCUUGGCCAAAAUGAAUUUGCUGCAUAAAAAUGUUACGGGUCUACAGGCCUCUAAUCUUAAUGAUUCCAGCGAUGCUUUGCUAAAUGUGGGUUGUAAUGAAAAACAAAAAUCGGGCUCUUUAAGCAGUGCUAGUUCUUCUUCACAUGGACCCGGUAGACUUUAUCAAUCACAGUCAAAUCCUGAUUUAACCUCUCUACAGUAUGAAGAUGCCUCAGCACCUAAUAACAACAUUUUGAACAUAUGCAAUCCAGGCAAUUAUCUCUCGGCCUCUGUGCACCGACCCUCUGCUGUCUCCACCACCGGCAGUUUAGUACCCGAUUAUCCGGAACAUGUACUCAAAGUAUUUAAAGCUGAUCAAACUUGUAAAUAUUUACUUAUUAACAAAGAAACCACCGCCCAUGAGGUGGUUAUGUUGGCGCUACAGGAAUUCGGCAUCCAUGAUCCCAGCUCGAACUUUUCCUUGUGUGAGGUUAGUGUAGGUGAAGGCGGUAUGGUUAAACAGCGUAGAUUACCUGAUCAAUUGCAGAAUUUAGCUGAACGCAUAGGUUUUGCCUCUCGCUAUUAUUUGAAAACCAAUGGCAUAUCCGAAACUUUGGUACCCGAUGAGUUGGCCUUGGAAUUGGUAAGAGAAUCGAAUGUCCAUUUCCUACAACUCAAUGCCUAUGAGUUGGCUAUACAAUUGACUUUGCAAGACUUUAGCAUAUUCCGUCAAAUUGAAUCUACCGAAUAUGUGGAUGAUCUUUUCAAUUUAAAAACCAAAUACGGUGUGCCCAUGUUAAGUAAAUUCUCGGAAUUGGUUAAUCGUGAAAUGUUCUGGGUGGUCACUGAAAUCUGUGGUGAACACAAUAUUGUAAGACGCAUGAAAAUUGUCAAACAAUUUAUCAAAAUUGCCCGCCACUGUAAAGAAUGUCGUAAUUUCAAUUCUAUGUUUGCCAUUAUUUCCGGUCUGGGACACGCUGCUGUUUCGCGCUUAAGGCAAACCUGGGAGAAAUUGCCCUCAAAAUAUCAAAGACUAUUCUCAGAUCUACAAGAUCUUAUGGAUCCCUCACGCAAUAUGUCCAAAUACCGGCAAUUGGUUUCUUCGGAAUUGCUCAAUCAACAUCCCAUUUUACCCUUCUAUCCCAUAGUACGCAAAGAUUUAACAUUUAUACAUUUGGGUAAUGAUACUAUGGUAGAGGAUUUAAUUAAUUUCGAAAAACUACGUAUGAUAGCCAAAGAGGUGCGUCUACUCUCGCACAUGUGUUCCUCUCCCUAUGAUUUAUUAGCCAUAUUGGAACUUAAGGGGCAAUCCCCCUCCAAUGCUAUGUUUUCUUUAAAUCAAAUGUCUACAUCACAGGGUGGUUCUAAUCAGGGACCCACCAUAAUAGCGGCUAAUGCUGGUAAUGCCACCAUUAAAAGAAGGAAAAAAUCAACGGCCGCCCCCAAUCCUAAGAAAAUGUUUGAAGAGGCUCAAAUGGUUAGACGGGUGAAAGCGUAUCUCAACAAUUUGAAAAUUAUUAAUGAUGAAGAUAUUUUACAUAAAUUCUCGCUGGAAUGUGAACCAGCCCACACUUCCUCUAACUCCACCUCCUCGCAACACGGUGGCAAUUCUUCACGCACUGGAGGAGAUCAAUUAAGCAUUUAUUCUCAUACUUCCAACUCAUCAUCAGCACCGAAUUCUUCGUUAUCUUUGAGAAGAAGACAUCCCUCGUCACCUACACUAUCGACCACCUCCUCUACCUCUUCAACUAGUGACAAUCGUCGCAAUAAUAUGAAUCCAAAUUGUCCAAAAUUUGGCACCGCCUCACCGCAAGCGGUACGUAAGAUAUUAUCGUUAUCGGAAUCUACUAAAAUACGACCUCAUCAACCCUUUCCCAGGCCGGCAGCUACUUUGCCUGGAAACAUACCGCUUCUGGCGCAACCUCAUCAUUUACACAGUCAUGGUUUUAAUCCAGCAGCCUCAGCAGCUUUGGCGGCGGCCUCAACCCCGACUCCAAGUCCUUGCUCGCAUAGACGUCUAGCUUCCGGUAGUAAUUCUAUGCCAGCUUCUAUGAUCCCUCCUCCACGCUCUAUACACGAACGUUCUCAUUCUGAUACUCCAGCUCCACCACCCCCUUUGCCUUCGGUGGAUUUAAAUUUAGAAAGUAGUAGUGUUACCACAUUUCGUGAUUUACCUUUAAGGAAAUCUGUUACCUCUGGAUCGGUAUCGUCCAAUGAUAGUGGACUCUGUUCUUAUGCCCAACAUGAUACAAGCUCUUCAUCAUCUGUCUAUACGGCGGCCGAUUGUCGUUUAUUACAACAGAUUUCCAAUACGGCUGCAACACGCAAUAUAAAUACUCAAUGUAGUCAAAGAGCUUUAUCACCACAUACCUUACACCCAGCAACAACAACAGUUACACAAACUGCAAAUAGUAUGAAUGCACUACCACUGCCACAAACACAAUCACAACAACAGCAACAAUUACCACCACCAACAUUGACCCCUCCACCUUACUUAAUGCGUGGUCAAAAUUUACAAAUGUUUAUGACAAACGGUGGCAAUAAUGCUGUUAAUGGUGGAACACAUGCACCACCGCCACAACUUCUACAUAAUAGACCGUUGUCGCCACCAUUACAGCAGCCAAAUAUGCCACCUCCAUAUGCCACAGCGGCCGCUAUGUUACAUCAUAAUCAUAGACAUUCCAAUAUGCAUGGUGCUGCUGGUUGCCCCAUAUGUCCUAUGCCACCACCGAUGAACCAAUAAAUAAAACCAAUAACAAUUUUUUUAUAUAUAAAAUGAAUAUAAAAUGUUAAUGAACAAAAAAAAAUAUAUGCCAAAUUGAUGUUUUUAUUUAAAAGAAAAAAGUUAUAUAUUAAAUUAAAAAAUAAAACAAAAAACAUAAAAUAAGGUUGUGGAGUAAAAUGUUUUUAAACGCAUAAAUUGUGUAAACAUAAUAAUGAAAUGUUAAAUGAAGGAUUUUCUUUUUUUUUCGAUUUAACGCUUUAAAUCCAACAAAUAAUAAUCUGCAGGCGGACCUUUUUGUCCUCAGACAAUUUUCUAUUUACUUUAAAUGGAUCUUAUAUUUACUACUUUAUACUCUCUACUACUCUUAUAUAGUUAUAUACUGUUUAUAUUAAGAAUUUAAUUUCUUUUUUUGGGAUAUUAUCAUGUAAAAUAUUUAAUUACUUUUAUUAGUUUUAAGUUUUAACUGGAAAAAAUUUAAAAAAAAAAAAUAAUAUACAGCCAAAUUUACAAAAAAAAAAUCAAACUAAAACCAACAAAAAAUACUACUUAAAAUUUACCAAGAAAAAAACUAUAAAAAGACUUACAAAAUAUGUACAAUUUUUUAUUAUUAUUAAUUAUAAUGAAUUCUUAAAACCAACUCUCUAUUUUUUUGAAAACCUCUAAAAAAACUUUAAUAAAAAUUUGAAUUUUUUUAAUAAAUUAUAAAAAAAUAACUCGAAUCAUCAGGCUAUAUAUAUACAUAUAUUUAUAAUAACUGUGUAAACUAAAGACAAGUAUUAAUUUAAGUUUUUCUCCUUCCCCUUAAAAAAAACACAUAAUGAAAAUGAAAGCAAUUUUCCAAAUAUUCAAAACAAAUACAUAAUAUAGUAGAAUUAUUUAUAAAACAUAAAAAAAGUAUUUAUAAUACAAAUCAAACACACAUUUUGUAUAUUACUUACACUUCUCUUACAUUUAAUUUUGUUUCACACCAGGCCUGGAAAAUGGAAAUUUUGAUAUACAUAUUUACUAACUAUUAAACCAAAAAUAUAACUUUUUGGGUUUUGAAGUACUAAACUAAUUUGUCGUUAAACCAUGGACUUACUAUAGACUGUAGAGUAGACUACAAAAUAGACUAUUCACUAGACUACAGACUAGGCUAUAGACUAGGCUAUAAACUAGACUAAAGACUAGACUAUAGGCUAGACUACAGACUAGACUAUAGACU